AUGUAACAGAGCCACCAAUUAAGGAGCUUGCUCCCCACCUCAUUUAAUAAAGUAAAGUAGCACAAUUAAUAACUUUUAUAUCCAGAAGUUGAUAUAGGAUAAUUAAAUUGAUCAUGCAUAGGAGGAAAUUAAUAAAGAUUCAAAAUAUGCAGAAACUUAUUAACUAAGAGGUAAUGGUUAGAUAUAAAUAUUCAUAGGAUUGAUACAUUUAAAAAUAGAGGAAAAACAUAAGGCAUUAGAUGAUCUGAAUUAGGUCAUAUACCAUAAUCCAAGUUUAAUGAGUAGUUUUUACAAUUGAGGUAUCUCUAAAAUUGACAUAGCAACAAUUUAUUAAAAAAAUUAAAUGCUAGACAAGGAGUUAGAAGAUUGCGAUCAAGCAAUAAAAAUUAAACCUGAUUAUGCAUUAGCUUAUAGUAAAAAAGGUGAUUAUUAUUACUUAAUCAUCAAGUUUCAUUGAUGAGAAUCAAAGAAUAACUUGAUGAUGUGUAUUUCUGGUUUAGAAAUAUGUCCAAGUAAUCCUCCUUAUUUCACAAUAAUUGGAGAUUUGGAUUAUCAAGAUUUGUAAUAUGAAAAAGUGUAUUAUUAUUUCACUCAAACUUUACAAAUAUUGAAGGAAUGUAACAUGGAAUUCAAAUUAAAUGGAAUUAAUCAGAUGGAUAAAUAUUUUCAUAAAAUUAUAACUAUAAAAUUUAUAAGAAAUAGACUGUGUUAUCAUAAAGGCAAAAAAGCAAAUAUCUUAUCUGCCAAAUUCAUCUGCAUAAUAUAAAAAUCAAUUUAAUGAAUAUUUCAAGAGAGUUGAGAGAAUAGAAAGAUCAGUUUCUGUUAUAGUUUUGCCAAACGAUGAAACAUAGAGACAAGAAAUGCAAAAAAAUAUGAUCAAACAAUUCUAAGAAAUAAUAAUAACUAAAAGAAUUAUUAAAGCAGUUUUAAAAAUAAAGUGAAGUUAUUAACAAGAUAUAGAAUUUAGAUAAUAUCUUCAUAGAAUUUAUGAUGGAGGAUUUAAAAAACCUAAAAAUAAGCAUUAAUUCAUAUAUUUUAAAUCAUUAUUAUGGAUAUUUUACUUCUAUAUGCAUGCUGUAGGAACUUUCAACAAUUUAAUUUUAAGUAAAUAAAGAGCCUUUGUUGAAAGUACUUCAGAAAAGGUCUUAAGUUUAAUCUAUAAUGCUUUCAAAGCUGGAUCCAAAAGUCAUUUUCAAUUAUUGGAGGAUCAUUUAAUAUUAUUAAUUCUGUAUUAAAAAAUGGAGUAGAAUAUCAAAAGGAAGCUAAGUUUAAAAGAAGGAUAAUUCGAUUAAAAAAUAUUAUGAAAUUAUUUGCAGUAACUCCUACUGAAUUUGAAUUCACAUAAUUUUUGGAAAAAAUAUCUUUAUUAGAAAAUUCUUCAAAAUAAUAUAAUAGAGAUUCUUAUUGGAAGUAAGGAACAGCAGAUUUUUUAAAACUUUAAAAAUAUAUAGAGGAGAAUAAUGAUAUGAUUAUUAUAGAAGAUUAGGAUAAAAAACUAAGGCAACUUUUGAUUGAUGCCAUACUGAAAAAUUACAAUUCAAUUUCAAAAAAAAUAAAAGUUCAUUUUUAUUAUUUUUAAAAUAGAAGUGCAGAAAGUAUGAAAUACACACUUCUAACAGACUUUAUAUCUUUAUUGAAUUUGCAAAUGCACUAAUUUUAUUUUUAAGACAAUAUUGCUUAUAAUUUUUCACAAUUUACAUUUAUCAUCUUUCAAGUGAUCAUAAAAAGUAAACAUAAUUGA